AGGCGCCCAGCCCGCCGCCGGCCGGCGCUCAGGAGGCUGCCGUCCCCACGCUCGGCGUGUUUAACUCGCCGCUGCCAGUGCUGCCGCCGCCGGCCUUGCUGUACAGCCAGCCCAUCUGCCUGGCCCCUAACGGCGAGCGGGGAGUGUGCCACGCCGCCGUUGGAUGCUACCUGCGCGGCGGCACCUACAGCAGCAUCUGCGCCGACGAGCGCGGCGUCUGCUGCGUCUUUAAACACAGCUGCAACAUCGAAACCAAAGAGCGUCUCACCUACUACAGGAAUCCAAGUUUUCCUGAAGAUGACGUCGGUAACCUGCUCUGCAACUACCAAGUUACCCUCGGGCCGGAUAUAUGCGGUGUGCGGCUUGACUUCUUAAACUACAGCACACCGGUGUUGAAGAAGUGCCUCGAUUCGCAGCUGACUUACUUGGUCGGGAAAUCUGAAAGGUCUGUGCCUUUCUGUGGCAUGCUAAAAGGAACUUCAGUGACGAUCCCGGUGAUCGAGCAGGACGGCCCGCUCGUCAUCAACCACGUGCUAGGCGGGUCCGUGCCGUACCACUUCAACAUCCGGGCCACACAGAUCCGCUGCGCAUCGGUGCCUGACGUCAGCGAGCAGCUGCAGAGCUCAGCGUGCGGGCGCCGAAAUAGAGGCAUGGUGCGCCACAAACGUACUGCCAUGACCAGCGUGGACGGCAACCACGCCAGACCGAAGGCUAACGAAGACCCGGUCAGGCCGGAAAACGGCGAGGACGAGCAGCAGGAGUAUCUGGGCACGGACGGCUUCUCAAGCGGCGUACUGGACGUCGACACACCAUGGCUCAAUUUCCCAUACGACUAUCUCAGAUCGUUCGACAUACAGGACAAGUUCGCGUCCGCCAGAAAAACCCUGACGCGCAUCCUGGGUGGCUCGGAGACAGGCGUCAAUGAGUGGCCGUGGCAGGUGGCACUGCUGAAGCGCAAGAACCUCUCCUCCCUCCCGCUCCAUCGCCUUCUUCUUUUUAAGAGCUUCAAUUUCACGGAGGUCCGGAGACACAUCAUCGUGAGCGUCGGCGAUCACGACCUUCGGAGGCUGAACGACACGAAGGCCGCCUUCCGGGGGGUGCGUGACGUUAUAGUGCACCACAUGUGGGACAAGACGCGCAACGUCAACGACAUCGCUCUCAUCCGCCUCAGCAAACCGGUCACCUUCUCGGGCUCCAUCGCGCCGGCCUGCAUGCCUACCGACAAUCGGACGAUGACUGACGAGGAAGUCACGAUCACCGGCUGGGGCGUGAUCUCCUUCAACCGCACGGCCGGUCCGGUGUCGCCCGUCCUCAAGGGAGUCACACUCAGCCCGGUCGCGCUGGGGCCGUGCAACGAGCUCUGGAAGAAGUACGAUAACCCACGCACCAUCUACCCAGAGUUUUUACCCAUUGACGAGAAGAAAGUGUGCAUCGGCACCAAACCCGGCGCUGCUUGUUUCGGCGACAGCGGCGGCCCGGCCACCUACCGCGAGGAGGACGGCCGCUACACGCUGCUGGGGGUGACCAGCUAUGGACCCCCCAUCUGCAAGAUCGGCGGCUUGCCCACCAUCUACACCCGGAUCUCGCGCUACAUGUACUGGAUCCAGCUGAACAUUCUGCACCUGUUCGCCAGCGCCAGAUGA